CGUGCUGGGCCAUCAUCAGGCAUUUAGGAAGAGAAACGACUUGAAGUACUUCGUUGUCCACUAAAUGCUCACUUAUCGCCGGCAGUGUUCGGGCAAAGCCGUUUAAAACCGAGCGGCGCACAUCGACGUCGGCGCCGCGACGCCUCAGUAAGUCGGCCGUGCAGCGCGACGCCACUUAUUGCACCGACCGUUCCAAAAUACCACAGCGACACAAGUCCGGUGUGUUUUCUGGCGAAUUUGGGCCCCAACUCCUCCCGUAAGCAAAAAUCAGCCGCUGCGGCCCCUGCAUGUCGGCCCCUGCAUGCAUUGACGUGCCGCCACUGACUCUCCGGCUCAAAUGACCAAUCAGUAGCGUGACAAUGCAGCGGUCCGAUGCAGCAGACGUGCCCUUUGAUGCCGCCCAACAGGUGUGCGCUGGGGGAUCAGAACGAGCACUCAGAAGCGGCGCUCCACGGCAUCAUGGUGUUUUGUGAUCGGUCGGGGAUCAGAAGAGAUGCCCGUGAGCACGGCACUGACGUCAUCAUUCCAUCAGGGCUCAGCUGGAUCGGAGGCUCCGCGGGCCAAACGCUGCAAACUUUGCGACGAAUCGAGUCACCGCAGUGAACCAGGCAGCGGUUAUUGGCAGCUGCAGCUGGAUAGAGACUUGGUGGACACGAUUUCAGCCAUCUAUCCAGAGUGGUUUAAGGAUAAGAUGGCGGAGGGCGGAUCGAGUGGGCUGGGGGCCGGGGGCGGCCGACCGCCCUCGCCCUUUCGCGAGUCGCCCCCCAAGGCGGUCAUCGACACGUCGCCCAUCCUUAUGGACCAAAACAAAGAAUCCCUCAAGGUGAAGCUUCUUAUGCGGAGGCCGUUGGACCAGUUGGUGGCGCAGGGAAUAAUGCCCCCGCACGGCCAGCGACGGUCAGCGGAGCGGGCGAAAACGGGUGACAUCCUCAAGGCGAAGAUCCAGCAGCGGCCGCCGCGCCACGAGCUGGAGCGCCGCCACAUCCUGGAAGCGGAGGCGCUGCACGCCGACCCCAGCCUCGCGGAGCGACAGCGGAUGCUGAAGAAGGCGCGACUGGCCGACCAGCUCAACGACCAGCUGUCGCACCGUCCCGGCCCGCUCGAGCUCAUCCAGAAGAACAUCCUGCACACGGAGGAGCCGAUCGAGGAGGCGGUGAAAACUGGCAAAAUCUCCUACAAGGCGACCAGCGAGGGGGCGCUGAAGCGGCCGCAGCACCCGCAGAACUACGUGAAUCCCGACGAGGACUCGCAAGGCAGCUCGGAAGGGGACGCCACCGUCAGUCCGGGGCCGAGCGAUGUGCUGGAGACCGCCGCCAAAUCGGCCGGAAUUGUGGUGUCCUUCCAGCCGGCAGAGGGCACUGUUGUGCUCGCCACCGCCACGCCUGGCCAAUCGAAAGACUGCAGCGACAUUGUGUUUGCGGACUUGUGCCGCCCGCUGCUCUCGCAGGGCAGCGUUUCAAGCCCCGCCUCCACUUCKACGCUGAGUCCGCUGUCGUCCGCGGCCAGCCCCGUGCCGUGCAUCGCGUCGCAGCCCCCCACGCCCAUCCCGGUGCCCCCGCCACCGCCGCUGCCUCUCACGCGGGUGAAGUGCGACGCGCCCGGCAAAGAAAAAAAUCGGAAAAAAUCCAAGUCCAAGUCGACUCCCAAGGCCCGCACCAUCAAGUUCCACGAAUACAAGGGGCCGCCCAGCGCGCUGAAGAGCUGCAGCACUGGAGGCGCCAGCGGCGAGAGCAGCUACGACUUGCUGCUCAAACAGCAGACGUUGCUGCUGCAGUUCCAGUUGCAGCUGCAGCAUAAAUACCCCCAGAUAAUCCUGCCGGCCUCCCAGAAAGCGCCCCCCAUUGAGCCGGCGAAUGGCCUGCCGUCCAAUGCUCAGCAACCAUCUCCAGCACCGUCUACGUGCUCAGAAACCUCGAUGCCUGGCAGGGUUAACCUGCCAGGCAAGCUGGAAGACAUGAAAGUGAGCGACUUGAAGGCGGAGCUGAAGCGGCGCAACCUCCCGGUAUCCGGCUGCAAGCCGCAGCUGAUCGAGCGGCUGAAGUCGUGCGCCAGCCAAUCGCAGCCCAGCAGCGAUAACCCCGCCUCUGUGGACUCGUCGGUGACCAGCAGCAUGGACCAAUCGCACAAUAGCCCCACCUGCCAGGAUCUGGGGUCGCCCCAGGAGCAGGAUCUGAUGGAAGUGGGCGACCCGGUCAGCCCUGCCCCUUCGCAACAGUCCCAAGACAGCCUGCAGCGAACCAACGAGGACUUGGUGCGCGAACAAAAGCGCCAGAUUGAGGUGCUGCAGCGGGAGCUGACACUGAGCCAGUUGCGGCUGCAGGCGCUGAACAGCACGCGCGCGGAGCCCAACACGCAGAUGGUGCUUCAGAAGCAUCUGCAGGCCAAGCAGCAGGCUGCGCAACAGCAGCAGCAGAACAUCGCGCUGCAGAUGCGCCAGCUGCAGGCCGAGGCCAAGCAGGCGCAGGUGAACGAGGAGCAGCAGCGACUGCAGCAGCAACAGCACGUCGCCUUCCAGAACCAGAAGAACCUGGGCGGGCUGGUGAUUAAUGGCGACCAGAAGAACGUGGGGGUGGUUCUGAAUGGGGCCGAGGCCGCCUUCGUUUAUCAGCUGAUGCAGUGCAAGCCCGCCAAGUUGAUCAACGGACACAGCAGGCCAAGUUUCGUAUUGGCUGAUGUGAAGCGCGAGUACAUUGAGGAGGUGAAGCAGCCGCCCGAGAUCAAGAUCGAGUACAGCGACGUCAGCCAGAGCCCCAAGCCGCCGCCACUGUACACCGACGCCACUGCGAAGAAGAGCAGCGUCAAGAGCCAGACAGUGGACGAUGUGCUGGAGAUUCUGAUUAAGAAUGGGGAGCUGCCGCCCAGCGCGGCCUCCUACCCGUCCACGCCUGGAUCGGCGGGCCCCAAAGGCCAGGAGCCGCUCUACCCCAACUUGCAGGCCGUCAGCACUGAUCUGGACAAUAACGUCCAGAUGAUCGACGCCUGCCAGCGGUCGAUGACGGCCAGUCCCGUCCACUCGACGCUGUCCGGCAUCGAUCCGAACGAGCUGCUGGACUCGCUGGACAACGUCGAUUUCAACCAGCUGAUGGACUUUGGGGCUGUUUGCCCGCCGAUUUGCGACAACAACAACGUGCAGCCUGACCAGGAGCACAACAGCAUCGUGCCAAUGGACACGGACGAAUGGCUGGAGGCGCUCAUGCCAAACGAUGGCGCGUUCAGCGGAUCGAAUAGCGGCUCGCACGAGCUCGGCCUGGGCUACGACUCGCUUCUGGGCAUCGGCCCGGACUCGUUCGACCCGUUCAAUCUCGAGGAGUUCCGGUCGCCCGCCGACCUCACGCUGUCCUGGGACAAAGUGGACUACGCCACGUAGUGACUGAUUUUGAACAAUAUUCACUCAUAUUUUUCCGUACGCUUAUAUUCCAGUGAUGUGAAGUUCGGCCCCUCGAUACUACAUUGACAUUCCACGUAUAGAAAAAAUUGACUGUCGAUUUGCCGUUUGUGGGAGAAUGGCGCGGGACCAGGACGGUCACAGACCCAUCGAGGCCGAGUCACAUCGAUCGCCAGCUAAUCGGGAUGAUGAUUUGUCGAUACCUUGCAUUGUAUAUUACGAUUUGUUUGUAGAUAAUUAACGCUACUUAGAUGGAUAAUGUGUAUAUAGUCGUCGUAGGUCGUAUCGUGUAUAUGGGACAACUUUGGGGGCGCGCUUUUUUUAGGUUUACGGGGAAUUGACGCGGGAUUGACUCGGUACAGCCAACAGCCGCUUCUUGGAAGGGUGAAUCAGAAUAAGGGGUCAAACUGGCGGGUUUAGGCAUACCAGACAAACGUUGCUAGACAGUGUCCCGGCCGGAAUACCUGCAAAUGCGAUUUUGAAUCAGCUUUUACCCAUGGAAAUUCAAUAGUGCAACGCCAUCUUUGCCAACACGCGAAAGCGAUGUCUCCUAGACAAUUUUUCCAAUCGUUUUUCAUCUGUUGAACAGACGACAAGAUUGCCGACACUUUUUAUGGGAACUUUUCAUUCUGUUCGGUCCGAAUCCGGGAGAUUGCCCACUUAUUUGGGACACCCUGUGCAUUGCCACCACACAAGGGGUGGUUCUGGGGAAAUACGUAUUUCAAUUGAAUUUUGCAUGCAAUUUAGGCAUAAAAACCUGACUGGAAGCGUUGAUAUCACACAUGGGGCGGGUAAAGUUGUUUUUGAACAUAUUUUCUUCGAAAAUUAACUGCUCAACAAAAUGAACGUUACUAGGCCAAGUUUGCCCUGUGAAAUUGAGCAUCUCAGACAAAUUUUCUACAGGGUGGCAACGAAAAGUUUGUGCCACAUUUGCAACGCCCUGAACAAAAAAUAAUAGGAAUGGGGUGUGUACCCACUGGAUAAAAUCAAAGAAUCGGUCUUUUUCGUAUUGAAGUGUGUAAUUUCUUUUGUUCAUUUACAGCUUUGAAAAAGACCAAAAAAAACAUACGCACUUCAAUACAAAAAAAAAACGAUUCUUUGAACAAAAAAGGUGUUUUUUGGAUCUCAACACAAAAAUUUAAAGAUAAACCAAACAGCUCAAACGGUUUUUGAAAUUUUCGGUUUUUUGAGUUCCACCAUCAAUUACAAUUUAAGACGAAAAUUCGAUUUACAAAAAAUUAUCCAAAUCAAAAUUGGCCCCAAAAUCCGGCAUUCUGGAAGAUUUUCAACUAAGUGAAAAGUUCCAGCUUCAACAUAAGCGGGAAAUUUUGAAAAUGGGGCCAAGUGAAUCAAGUAACCACUGCAAGACCAAAAGUUGUAUUUUUUUCGAUCACUCUGUAAAUGAACGUGAUGAAAAAUGAAACCGUUUUCUAAAGGUAUAUUUUAAUGUUUGCAGUGUUGAAAUGUGUUUCACUUGCCGCGCGGUACAAACUUUAUCUAACGCACUCAUUUUUUGCAAAACCACGCCCUAACCGAAAGACAGUUGCACUAAAUAACGCUUCAAACAGAACAGUCCAAAUUUGUCCGUAUAACGUUGAUGCUGUUGAGCAGUAUUCAAAUAACAAAAGCUAAAUGAAAUUUUGCCACCCUGUAAUCGCAGCCUUUGCAGACCUAUACAGGGUGUUAGUAUUGGGGUCUUGUAGAUCGCAAAAGUUACAUCGGUUAAAUUAAGACAAAGUUGCGCAUUUUGAGGCCAUUUUGCUCAAACGAUUAUUAUUGGUACAACGUUUCAUUCUCUAUAAUAUACGCUUAAAUCACGAUUUGAGUGUUUCGAUUUCGGUCCGCCAUCAUCAACUUCAUUUUCUUAAACACGACUCCUUGACGGCUUAGGCGCUAACACGAUCCCAAUGCUAAUGCCUCGAACUUGUAACUCCCUGUACAGUUUUUCGAUGGCAUUUCGUAUGCAUCUACAGAGGGAGCCAAAAUAUUUUUCCCCAACAGCUUCUGUGUUCUGCAAAGUGUGCUAGUAGUUUUUUUUUUGGGAACUUUGCUGGCUCGUACCGAUCCCAUCCCCGGUUUGCAGAGUUAAUUAUAGUUUUAUAGUUUGCUGGGUUUGAAAGCAUCGUAAUUUAAUUUCACUGUCACUAGUCAUUUUCGUGUACUUAAAUUAAUGUUUAGGUGGGGCGCUCGUGGGGAAUUAACCAAUCAUCUUAAACCCUAAUUGAAUAGUGAUUUUUUAUGAAUUGGGCCCGAUCUUCGGUGACAUUUCUGGACCAAAUUUAGUACUAAACUCAUUAAAAUUUAAGCUGUUUCGUACUAUAUGACAAUAUGCAGUACUAAGCGAAAAAUACUCUCCCUAGGAUAGUGUGUUUAUAUAUAAAUAUGUAUAACUUUAGGUAAUUCCAUUGGUGUGCGCGCUCUGCGCCUGAUCUAUCAAAGUUGUCCUCCCAACUGCAGUGUCAAAUAACUCUGUAUAGUUUCUCAAAUCUGUUCUUUUGACGAUGUCGCCUUUACUAGUUUAAUAUCUAAGCAAAUGUUAGAACAUUUAAAUUUAUUUUGUUGACUAUUUGUAUUAUGCGGCAGCCAUUUUUUGCCAUGGCUGUGCCAAUAUGUGUGUUACUUGUGGCGGGGACGUUUCGAGCCCCCCAAGCCAAUGGGGCUGUGCCUCGAAAAUCCCCGCCAACACUUUUGCSUACGUGUAAGAAACCAAGCCUUAAGCCUUAACAAUAUACCGGAAAUCAUACACCAAGCAUAAAAUGUAACUAGAGUGGUAAUCUGGAUAAGUCUCCUUACCAAAUAUAGGCAAUACCCGAACUUGUUUCAACCAAAUACUGUUGCAUUUAGCUGAUGUGCCUUUUUGUGAUUCUGGCCUAGUUUCGUGAACGGUAUGUGGCUGAAAGAGCUUCACGUUUAUUAAAUAAAUACUUGAUAAAAAUA